AAGCUGCACAACUGUCAAAAAUUCGCAUCACUUUUCUAAAAUCUGCGAGUAGGUUUGUUCUACAGAGCACCACCUAUAUAAUUAAAACGUCUUGGCCCAGACCUAAGAUACAAGGUUAAUGGUAAAAGGAAAAAGGUACAGGGUACGAUAGAGAGGAGUAGGUAAGAUUUAUGGUGGCCUGGUGGCUAAGAGUAGAUGGUAGAUAGGAACGCAUCAGCGUACUAGCAGGAGCAACGAUGUCGAUGACCAAGACUUCGCAAAGUUGCGAUCUGGCAACGGAAGAGCCACCUCCGGGAUCGUUGGAAUGGGCGAACUAUGUUCGAGCCAAAUGGCAGCUGCCGGCGGUUGAUGGAGAAGGACACGACGAGUUUCUCGACGAUGAUGACGGCGAUGAGAGUUUGGAAGCGACGGACGAGGCGACAGAAGAUGAGUAUGCCAACAGUCAACACCUCGAAAUCAAAGAGCAAAUGUACCAGGACAAGCUGGCGAGCCUGAAGAAGCAAAUACAGGAGGUGCGCUCUCGGUCACACCCGGAGUACGUGCGGCGUGUCCGGCGCCUGCAGGAAGAACUUGAUGAUCGACUUCUGCUAAACGAGUGUUCCCGGGAAUACCAGAUCAGCUGUGCCGAGCGGGAUUGUAUACUAGAGAAGAACGCGGCGGCAAAAGAAUACGAAGAGAAAAAGGCAGAGUUGAAGGAGAACUUGGUGAACGAUCUGGAGGAUCGGAAAAAGAUGAUCGAGCUCGAGUUUUCGACGAUGGAACUAAAUGGGGACUCGAUCGACGUGAAGCCGACUGUGACACGGAAGCUGCGGCGCCGACCGAACGAACCGCUACCCGUGCCUGAGAAGCGCCGCAAACCCACUACCGGCCAGUUGGUCUUCCUGCUCGACGAGAAGGAGGUGGAGAACGAUUUGAAGCUGAUAUCACGUGGCAAACCCAUCCUACCGGCCCGAGGACAGCAGAACUCGAACGGUGGUGCAUCGGCCAGUAACCUAUCGGCGGUAACCGGCAACAGUGCGGUCGGCUAUUCGAGCUCCGCUUCGUCCGCUGUCGUCGGUGUCAGUGCCUUGGAGCACAAUGGAACAGCUUCCUAUAGUAGCAAUGGCGGUCCACUAAACGUAAAACUAUCCCAAAAUCCGACACAAUUGUCUGCCAGCAGCAUUCAACAACAGCAACAGCAGACGCUGGCCGACACACGUAUUGAAGAUGGCAAGCUUCUGCACGAGCGUCGCUGGUUUCAUCGUGGACAACCAGUCUUCGUUGAGGGCAAAGAAUUAUCGCGUUUCUCCGCCAAUAUAUCCGCCAUCGGUAGCGAGGCUAUUUGGGUGAAAAAAACCGUCGACGGUCAGAAGUUUCGUAUUUUUCUCUCACAUCUGCGCCGCGGCAAGGUGGCCAUUAAGCGAAGAGCGAACUAGAUUCUAGGAAAAUGGUGUUUCUACACGCACGCUUAAAUAUCUUAUAACAUGGUAUGUAGAAACGCCCUUUUGUUUGAUGUGUCUUGAAUUUGAAGUAUUGUUUAUUAAAGGGCAUCCCCUAUUGUCAUUAUUCACGGCCAAAGUGCGUACGUUUUUAAUGACUAAGGCAAAACCCGCCUCUCAACAGAAGGAAAUAAAAUUGGAUU